AUGGCAUCGCCAUCAGCUCUGGCCCCGCCUCCGAGCGACAAGGCCGUCAUGCAAAGCACUGGAGCCGGCUCUUCCGGGCCAGACCCAAUCCUCCGGAAUGCCUUGCGAUACACCAUCUCGCCGCGCGAAUACGCGGCACUUCACAAGUACAUCCUCUCCAAGUCGCGGGCGCUGCGCCGCGCGGCACCAAGCCCAAGCAGCGUGGACAAGGCACUGCAGCCGAGGAAGGGAGGCGAUGACUACAAUGCAAAGGCGGUGCGGCACUCGCUGCGCGUCUUCACGGCGACGUGGAUUGGCAUGAAAGUGUGGGACGCGGUCAUGAAGAGACUUGGGAGCAAGGAUUCGAGUGCAGGCGGGCAGAAGAAACCAUUCUACAAAUCUCCCGCCUUGAGGCUCUCUCUCUCAUUGUCCAGCAUCUUGUUUCUCUACCGGGUGCUCUUCCGCUUCCUCACCCGACUCCGGGUCCAUCUCCUGGAUCCGCAGGCCGAGCCUUUCCGGCUGCGCAACCCACGGACGACGGCAACUCUAACAUCGCCGUUUGCGCCGGCCAUUGGUGCGUCGCUCGCGGGUCUUGCCCUUGGCGUCUAUCCGUCCCAGCAGAUGCGUGUCAGCAUCGCCAUCUACGCCCUAUUCCGAGCCUUGGAAUUUGGCUGGAAUGUGUGCGAGAAGGACGGCAUGAUUUGGGGCAUCAAGAAUGGGAAGAACCGCGAGCGGCCCUGGUGGUUCGGUAGCUGGAUGCUGCAACCCCUGGCUUUCGGCCAAUUGCUCCAUGCUGCAGUCUUUGACCCUGAUUGCUUUCCUUCCUCUUUUGGAGAUUUUAUUUUCAAAAACUCGUCUACUUACCUGCCCCCGGCGCCAGAGAACUAUCCCAAGACUCUCAAGUGGCCCAGUGCGACUGAUGUUCUGGCGAAUAUUGCAGAGAUGGCCCGACUCAACUGGCCACCCAAUAUUUCUCCUAUCUUGUUCCCUAACAAAGAGGUUCUCCCACCGACGCUGGCUGGCGUCUCACCACUGAGCUCACAGGCUCAUCCGCUCAUUACUUCUCUUUCUUGCGCAACUCUUCACCCCACAGACCCAUCUUGUCUACGAACCUACCUUACCUUCUGGCUUAACUCUUUCCCGACUAUGACGCGUUUCUUCCUCAUUUUUACUUCCGCCAUGACCAUCAUCCCCCGGUUCCGCAACUUGUACAACUUCCCAUUCGCCACCAUCCAGAAAAUCAUAUCGCAGGCUCUGCGCCUCUCGACCUUUGCUACGGGAUCCAUCUCGACGGCCUGGGCAUCUAUUUGUUUCUUCCAGCAAUAUCUUCCUCGUCAUGUUCUUGCGACGCAACGUAUCUUCCUUGGAGGCUUCUUCGCGGGCAUGUGGGCGUGGGUAGAGCGUCGCCACGGCCGCGGUGUCUUCCUGUAUUCUGCUCGUGCCAGUGUUGAUAGCUUGUGGAAGGUGGGUGUGAAGCGACGCUGGUGGAAGGCCAUGAAAGGCGGAGACGUGUGGGUGUUUGUUCUUGCGCUGAUGGUGACGGGUGUGGUGUACGAGCGUGAUGCAAAGGCCAUCCGAGAGGGCCAGUGGCGCAAGGGUGUGAGCUGGCUGCGCGGCGAAGGGUGGAAGGACUGGGCUCUGGAGGAAGAUGGGGAGGAGGACGACGAAGAGAAGGAUAAGGAUGAGUAG